CUUGGAUACAACUUUAUUCAACAAGUCCACACAGAGGCCGCACUGCAAGAACGCAGAGAACAAGUUCACACCAGAUUUCCCCGCCACCUUGAACCAAAGUGAUGCCUAUGGCAACAGACAUGUCGAAGAUGACUAUACCGAACCCGCCGCUCAGGGCGACCCAGAGCCCGAGUCUGGACCAGGCUGAGGAGGACCUGGACAUCUCCCUGGACAACCUCAACCAGAUGAUCCUGGAGCUGGACCCCACCUUCGAGCCACUGCCCAUCAGCACCACGCGCCACCGCAGCCCCACAGCACACAGCCAGCACACAGUCUCCUCUCGGGAAGACUCGCCUGUGCUCGAUGACGAUGAUGAGGAGGAGGAGGAGGACGAGGUAGACUCCUGCGUGCUGGUGUCCAGAGGAUGCUCCCCCGGCUACCCCCACGCCAUCGCCCGCAUCACCCCCACCACCCCCACCACCUCCACCUGCAGACCCACCGCCACCUCCACCACCAGGGCCGUGGCCAUCCCCCAGCACCCCGGCUCUGUCAGCCCCCACGGCUCGCUCGUCUUCUCUGCAGACCAGAGCUCUUCUUGCUCCUCGUCUAGGCCUCCGCUGCCCUGUGGAGGGGUUGCAGUUGGAGGAGGAGGAGGUGUUGGAGGAGGAGGAGGCGUGCGUCUGCGCAGGGGGCCCAGGCCGUCGUCCCAGCAGACCCAGCAGGAGGUGUCGGGGUCCCCCGGCACGCUGUCCCUCGUCAGCCGCAGCUCCCUGCGGGGCAGUGCCACAUCGCUGCUCUCCACCUCACCGGGCUCCGACACCAGCUACAUCCUGGGCAGCUGCCAGUCUCUCCUGAGCGAUGACAAUGACAGCAGCCCCGAGGGCCUGACGCCCAGCCUGUCUGGCUCCCUGGGUGACGUGUCCCGCCACCCCCACCCCCACCUCCACCCCCAGCACAGGCAGGCCUACGGCGGCAGCAGCAGGCAGAUCCAGGGGGUACCCUUGUCCCCUUAUCUCAACUCCAGCCCCUCGGGCUCCCUGAACGACAUCCCCGUCGUCCUCAUCAAUGGGGCCCCACAGGCCAGCGUGGUGGUGUCCUCGCUUUCUCCGUCUCCGUCUCCAUCCCCAUCCGCAUCGCAGUGUUCUUCUCCACAGGAGCUGAUCAGGGCCAGGGGUCGGCACCACAGCCAGAGCAUGAGGUCCCGGUCGCCCUCGCCUACCUCUUUCGACAGGAGGAGGCCAUCUUUAGGAAGCCAACCCAACAUGAAAUUCGUCAUGGACACCUCCCAGUACUGGUUUCGGCCUCAGAUCACCCGAGAGGAAGCCGAGGCUCUUCUGAAAGACCAGGAUGCCGGUUCCUUUGUGGUGAGGGACAGCACGUCGUACAGAGGCUGCUUUGGCCUGGCGAUGAGGGUCCACCCAGCAGCCUUCAUCAACCCUGCCUCCAUCUCUAAGCCAGAUGAUUCCACUGAGCCAAUCAGACACUUUCUCAUUGAGUCGUCUGCCAAGGGUGUGCGUGUCAAAGGAUCAUCACAGGAGCCCUACUUUGGAAGCCUGUCUGCUCUCGUCUAUCAGCACACGAUAUCACCCUACGCCCUGCCCUGCAAGCUGGUCAUCCACUCUCAAGAUGGUAGGAAAAGCAACGAGUCAUCCCCGACCACAUCCCCCACGGAAGACCCUCAAAAGACCGCGUGUAACUUCCUGUACCUGUGUGCCGUUCCCACGGAGAUGCUGACGGGGCCGUGUGCAGUCCAGAAGGCCGUGUCGGUGGCCUUCGAGAAGGAGGCCAGCCCAGACCCCAUCAUCACGCCCACCGUCGUCAACCUUAAGGUGUCCCCAAAGGGGGUGACCCUGACCGACGUCCAGAGAAAGCUCUUCUUCAGACGCCACUUCCCCGUACACCUGCUGAGCUAUGGUGGCGAGGACCCCGAGGGCAGAAGUUGGCAGAAGAGCUGCAAAUCAGCCAGGAUGUUUGGCAUCAUCGCCAAAGGCGUGGAGGCUGGCUCGGAGAACAUGUGUCACGUCUUUGCAGAGUACGACCCUCUGCAGCAAUGCAGUUUCUCCCUACAGCUCAUCCAGAACAUCGUCAUCAGUGCUGCUGCUUCGCAGGCAUAAGCGCCCCCUGUGGCCAACCUGCAGUAUCACAACAAGACUGCAGACCACUGCUUCGCAGGCAUAAGCGCCCCCCUGUGGCCAACCUGCAGUAUCACAACAAGACUGCAGACCUCUGCAACCAUACCAAACAGAUGGAAGUGCCGUCAUACCACUGUCUGCACCCCUACUGUACAGUUGGGAUUGGGAAGGGACAUGAUUGGGCCAAACUGAUGAUGCGUUUAAUGCCCAUUUUCCAGUGGACCUGGGACAGCACAUAGACCAGUGUUUCCCAACCAGGGGUACGUGUACCACUAGGGGUACGCGGGCACACCUCAGGGGGUACGCGGAAAAAAUGUGAUAAUGACAAUUGAAUAGAGUAUAGUCAUACUGGGAUAAAGGAAUAUAGAGAGCAUGAGAUAGGGGGUACUCAUGUUACAACAAAAAGGCUUAGGGGGUACGCGAGUCAAAAAAGGUUGGGAAACACUGACAUAGACAGCCAAACUUGCAGUAUCACAAGAUUGCAGAGCACUGCGAUGGCUUACUAGAGACAUGACUGGACGAACUGAUUAUGCAUUUGAAGUCCAAUUUCUGGUGCCACUGGGCGAAAGCACCUACUAACACAUGUGUUUCCAACAUCACGGCUGAUCAAGAACAAAAUUGGGAGCGCAAGGACUGCUAUACACUGCAUGACCUAGGAUGAACUGCUGGUGACGCAGCUGUACAGUUAAAUCUUCAAUAGACUUUCUUGGCCACAAUGAGGAGCAUCGUCACAGAGGUACCGCAGUCAUGACCAGUACAGUAGAUGGCGCACCUGCUUACACACAUACCACUUUUUCGGAGAGGUUCUGGCCGGGGGCCUCGACGGUCGACGCAAAAACACUGCAGCACGACUCCUUGCAGUGAAACAUCUCCUGCUCAGCUGAGACCACCUGCGGUGCAUCUCCGGCUUCAAAGGGCGCUAGAGGAUGUAUGCAAACUACAGAGGGGCUUACUUGGUGCAAACGGGUGCAAGGGAAACUAAAAAACAGUUGAAUAGCCCAUGUACAGUCUUGGUGGAGGUGCCUAGUAGUAGGCCCUUUGCUCUUUCAGCUUCAAAGACUGCAGAGGAUGUCUGCAGACGCGCUAACAUGUGCAGAGGCGCACAAACACUGUAAACCUUGUAACCACUAGGCUGUUUUUGCUUACCGUAGGCUACAUGCCUUCAUGUCACUAGCAAGCAACACACACUCUACUGUUCCUCGUUGGCCGAUCUACUGUAAACAGGCCAAAAGUGGAAUCUUCUUUCCGUGCGUCUGAUACUGCAGAAAACGGCACACUGUUUUUGCACACUUGCUUUUUUUGGGAGCUGCAAAGUGACUUUAAGAUUCUCCCUGUUGAUAAGUUGAGGAAGAGCUGAAAUGCUUUUGGAAACAUUGUUUUUAGAUCAAAACCAUUUUUUGAAAAUGGUGAUGAUGGUGUAGUUUUUACACCCUUUGAUCACCUUGGGUGCUUAGGCAAUCUACAAUAACCCAAAGUCAACUCAAAGUGAUCUUUUUUAAUUAAUGUAAUGUAUUAUUCUUUUCUAUUUAAAUGGUUGAAUGUAAUUGUAAACGUGAAUGUACUUGUUUUGCAAUCCUAAUCUGUGUAUCUGCAUUUGAAAUAAAUAAAUAUAGGAA